CUCUCUCUCUCUCUCAUUAUUUAUAUAUAGUUCUCCCUCUUAGGAGCUAGAAAUAUCAUUAUACAUUUCCUUAUACGCCAUUUGUUAUGGUCUCUCUCAAAUUAUAAUAAAGUCAUACUCCUAUAACUUAUAUGUUGACCCCAGUUAAAAUAACCCCAGUUAGUUCCUGUGGUGUUGAAACUUUUCAGCAAUGGGUUUUACUAGUUGUUUUGGUUCUUUUCUGCAGUGCAAGGACAACAGAGAAACUCAAGUACAAGGAUUAGAGCUAGCAACCAACAAUGUGAGGCUGUUUUCUUAUAACUCAUUGAGAUCAGCGACGGGGCAUUUCCAUCCAUCGAACAAAAUAGGAGGAGGUGGUUUUGGAGUUGUCUAUAAGGGGAUUUUGAGGGAUGGAAGGCCUGUAGCUAUCAAAUGUCUUUCUGCUGAAUCAAAACAAGGGACCAGGGAAUUGUUGACAGAGAUUAAUAUAAUCUCAAAUACCCGACAUCCAAAUCUUGUUCAGUUGAUUGGUUGUUGCAUAGAGGGUGGCAAUAGAAUAUUGGUGUACGAAUACUUGGAGAAUAACAGCCUUGCCAGUGCUUUACUUGGUUCGAAAGGUAAACGCGUUCCCCUAGAUUGGCCCAAGAGAGCUGCUAUAUGUUUGGGUACAGCAUCUGGUCUAGCAUUUCUUCACGAGGAUGCAGAACCACCAGUUGUUCAUCGAGAUAUUAAGGCUAGUAAUGUCCUUAUUGACGAAAAUCUACAUCCUAAAAUUGGAGAUUUUGGCCUCGCGAAGCUUUUUCCUGAUAAUAUCACUCAUGUUAGUACUCGAGUGGCUGGAACAAUAGGAUAUCUUGCUCCCGAGUAUGCCUUGUUAGGGCAGCUCACGAAAAAGGCUGAUGUCUAUAGUUUCGGGGUUCUUGUACUUGAAAUUAUAAGUGGCAGAAGCAGCAGUAGCGCAGCAUUUGGAGAAGAUCUCUUGGUACUGGUCGAAUGGGCAUGGAAACUUAGAGAAGAAGGGAAGCUUCUAGAUGUUGUUGAUCCGGAGCUGACAGAGUAUCCCGAGGCUGAAGUUCUACGCUUCAUCAAAGUCGCUCUCCUUUGUAUCCAAGCUGCUUAUAGCCAUAGACCUAACAUGAAACAAGUAAUUGAAAUGCUGUCUAAAGACGUCAAGCUAAACGAGAAGUUGUUAACUGAGCCAGGAGUAUAUAGACCACAUAGCUCUAAACAAUGGAGUUAUGGUAGUUUCCUGACUUCAUCCUCCAAUGGAAAGGAAGGCAUAAAAUCUAUAAAUCAAUUUGCAACAACAGAGUUCCAUAGUUAUCAGAGUGUAACCGAGAUGAUACCAAGAUAAGAGCAGCGACGUGUUAUUCCAUUGUAAUAUUUCUAGCUGCUCAUAUUCUUUGUUAUUUGUAAAUUUCCCCUCUCUGCUAACCUUGGAAAUACAAAGCGAGCUACAUGGAAAGAAUGCAUGUAUUGUCAUCUUAGAGUAGCCAUUUAUUAACCUUCUCAUGUAAGAUAGAGUUAGGAGUAGCUGGGAAGGAAGGUUAUUUAGUACUCAAUUCGAAAAUUUACUAUUCAUCUCCUAGUUAAAUAUUAGUUUGCA